AUGAGCCGGGAGCUCACUAGUGACUUCUUCCUCUCGAGGGCACUUGCAUUCAUGUUGCAUGCACGUGAGACUAAGCCAUACAACACCUCGCCUGCAUCUUCCGACAAAGAUUAUCGCAUGCCUGAUGAGCCCUACAGUUUGUUUGAAGGACUUGCAGGCAAUGUUUGUGCCUGGGCUGAUACAUGCGCGGUGCUUCAAGCCAGGCUGCGCAAGAUCGAUCUUGUUGAGCAGGGUGCAUGGGCUACAUCUGGUUCGUCGCAAGACUCGGCAUUCCAGAAUGCUUUCCAUAGACAAUUGGGCUUUCCAGCCCUGGGUGGAAAUGGCGCACUGGGUCUUUUCUGA